AUGGGACCGGAUAUCAACGAGCCUCUCAAACUACCAUGCGGGUUAGUUCUGCCCAAUCGCUUAGUUAAGGCUGCUAUGGCCGAAGGACUGGCAGAUAGGGGCCAUUUGCCAGGCGCUAAAAUAUCUCGAGUCUACGGCGAAUGGGCAAAGGGUGGUUGGGGUGCCCUUCUCACAGGAAACGUCCAGGUUGAUGUCCGCCACCUAGGCAGCUAUGGUGACGUAGCUACUCGCGAGUAUGGAGAAGAUAGAGAUCGGCCACUGGAGGCGUGGAAGCUAUACGCAGAUGCCUGCCAGCUUCACGGCACGCCCGCAAUCGCUCAGAUCUGCCACCCCGGCCGCCAGUCCCCGAUAGGUGCAGGCGAAAGGGGAUUCUUUGGCAAAGCGAUUGCGCCAAGUGAGAUUCCACUUAAUAUCGGUAGUGGACUGGCUGCAACCAUCGUUAGGAAUCUCGUUUUCGGGGUACCAAAGGCCAUGUCGUCUGCUGAUAUAGAUCAUGUCGUCGCCCAGUUUGUAAAUUGUGCUCGCACGUUGGCGGACUGUGGCUUCUCUGGUAUUGAGAUUCACGCAGCGCACGGUUAUCUCCUAUCGCAGUUUCUCUCCCCACGAAGCAACACUCGCCAGGAUGACUAUGGCGGGAGCGCUGAACGGCGAGCACGUAUUGUUGUCCAGAUCAUCCAGCAGAUUCGAAGCGCAGUCCCGGACAGUUUUUGCGUUGGCAUCAAGCUGAACUCGGCCGAUCACAACGCAUCUGAUUUCGAUGACACCAUGGCUCAAAUCCGUCUAUUUGCGGAUGCAGGUGUAGACUUCCUGGAACUGUCUGGCGGGACUUAUGAAGACCCAACGAUGAUGGGCCGCGGGCUCCGGGAUGAAACGGACCACCCUAAGAGUCAACACACAGAGUCUCGCGAGGCCUUUUUCAUAGAUUUUGCAACAGAAACGAGAAAGCGGUUUCCCAAUUUGAUUCUCCUACUCACCGGGGGGUUUCGGAGUCGCAAGGGCAUCGAGGCGGCGUUGAAGGGUGGCGUAUGUGAUCUCGUUGGCAUCGGGCGUCCAGCAGUUCUGCGCCCCGACUUUCCACGACUCGUGAUGGACGAUACAUACACUGAUCAAGAAGCGAAGGUUGUAUUUGGCAAAGUUUCAGUCCCAUUUGUGGCGCGGCUGCUGAAAAUCCGAAUAUUGGGUGGCGGCGCGGAGACCCAAUACUUCCAGAGCCAGAUCCACCGGAUAGCUGCUAGUCUUGCAACACAUGCACCAUAG